AUGGCCCGCUCGGCCACAGUUGGCGCCCUGACCGACGAGCUCAUUGCCGUCGUCGCGAAAACACCCGACAAGACUACGUCGCGCUUCAAGAGCUUGAGAACUCGCUCCGAGGCGGUCCUGAGGGACAACACGACGUGGGGACGAACAGACCCCUUCGCCGUGACCAAGCAGCUGGAUGGCCUUCAGGAGAAAUUCCGCGUCCUCAACAGGGAUGACCUGGCUGACGCUUUGUACGUCCGCUUAGCGGAGCUGAACGAGCAGCGCGUGCCCUGGGCUCCAGAGGUCCUGUCCUUGCUGCUGCAGCUGUCGGAUCGGCCAGCAGCACUAUCCAAACCACCCAAGUUCGAGCUCCAGAGGCCCCAAGAGCCUGCACGCUUGACAUGGUCCGAUCUGGAUGCCUCGGGCGCCGCGUAUGCCGAGGAAGACAUCUGGAAUGACAUUGACUUUGCCGCUGAGUCUUCUUCGGAUGAUGACUACUCGACCGUCUCGAGUGACGUCUCCAUUCCGAAGAUUGUGCCGCAGAGCACCAAGCCGUCGCAAGAUGACUUUGUCGUGCCAGAGGAGCUUUUCUCGACAGGCGAAGAUGAGGACUUGAUUGCUACCAUCAAGAGUGGCCAUUUCUGGGAGUACGACUCGGCGGCCAUUCGAGAAUUCUCCGAAAGCCACACCCGCUAUAUCACCGAACUGCAGGCCGCUCGAGAGAUUCUCUUUAUGCUCCAGGGCCUUCCCACGUCGCUAUUCUGGCACCUUGAUGAUAGCGUCGAAGUUGAUCGAAGAUAUGCUCUCCGCCACUCGUCGAACCCGGCUUUCUUGCACAUCCUUCGUUCCUGUGCCUCGAUUGGAGCCAAAAUAGGUGAUUUGAGGAGAUUUGUCAAGACACCCCAGUCUGUGAUAUUUCUGCAGACGUUUGUCCGAGGUGUUGAAGAGCAUCUGCGGGCGUUCGACGCGGCCCUGUCGAGACUGCAAUUGCAGUAUUUGUCACUGGGCCAGGUGGUGACGGUCAGCUUGCUACAACUGAUGGAAGACGUCAAAAAUGAGUCGCGAGUGCUCCUCUUGCUAGCCGACUUGGUGGCGCAACUGAAAACGGCGCCCUCUGACAAGUCGUUCGUGUGCCUCGACUAUUUGUAUGACCUGGUUUGCAUGAACCAGGCGGCCGGUAACGAUCGUGAUUUCAAAUGCCUUGCAAGGCUAUUUUUUGACUGCUUUGAGGCUUAUACGCGGCCAAUCCGGCUGUGGAUGGAAACGGGAGAAUUGGACGCCGCGCAGGGGACUUUCUUCAUCCGCGAUACCCGCCACACCAACGACCUGCGAACCCUUUGGCAUGACUGGUACACGUUGGACGAGACAUUCGGUCGUCUGAACGCUCCCAAGUUCCUGAAGCCUGCUGCUCACAAAGUUUUCACGACGGGAAAGAGCAUGAUUUUCCUUCGAAACCUGAAUAUCACGCCUGAGGACUUGGAUUCCUUCGAGAGGACUUCUCUGGCUUUCGAGGACGUCUGCCCCGAUGAUGCAUCCUUGCUCAUGAUCCCGUUCUCGGGACUGCUUGACGCGGCGUUCGAGAAGCUGAUCGACACGAACCACCGUCUGGCCUCGAAUCUUCUGCGAGAGCAGCUCGACCAGCAAUGCGGGCUCUGGACAUCUCUCUCGGCAUUAGAAUACAUCUAUUUGUGUCGCGACAUUACCAUCUCUUCCACCAUCGACAGCAAGAUAUUCGAGCUGCUCGAUCGAGGUCGAGGAGUCUGGAAUGACCGAUUCCUGCUGACGGAGUUGGUGCAAAGCGCGUUCAGCGACGUCCCGUCCGUCGAUUCUUCCAGACUCAUAGUGCGCUCAUCGCGAGGCCCUUACCACGACGUGGGGAAUCGCAGUCGCACGGUGAAGGUCCUCAAGUCGUUGUCUAUCGACUACGUCCUGCCAUGGCCCGUUGCGAACAUCAUAACGAAGAACUCGAUUCUCACCUACCAGCGUAUCUGGACAUUUCUGAUGCAAAUCCGCCGAGCAAAGUACAUAUUGGAGCGGCAGCGUCUGCGGAAAGAGCGCGGCAGCAGCAACACCGAUCCAGAAUUUGACGGUGAAGACGACAACAUGGGCUAUGUUGUCCGGCACGGCCUUCUCUGGUUCACCAACAUCCUCUACAGCCACCUGACAGAACUGGUCAUCGCGAUGGCGACCUCGUCGAUGCAGAAAUCCCUCGCGGCGGCCAAAGACGUCGACGGCAUGAUCGCCGCGCAUCAGGCGUACAUGUCGUCGCUAGAAGAGCAGUGCCUGCUGUCGAAGAACCUGGCGCCCAUCUACCAGGCCGUUAUCAGCCUGCUGGAUCUCUGUGUCCAUUUCGCCGACAUCCAAGCUGCGCGCUGCGGGGGACAGAAUCAAUUCGAUCAGACGACCCGUUCGGUUGGAAGUGCUGCUGGCCGUAGACAUGUCUCUCACAGUUAUCGUAAGCGGAAUCGACGCGUGUCCAUCUCGGAUGAUGAUGAAAAUACUUUCGAUGAAGACGACGACGAUGAGGAUGAAGACGAAGACGAAGGCAACACAACCAGCAUCUCCUUCUUGGAAUCCCCCUAUUCCCAUCGCCUGCGCCAUGUCCGCGACCAGUUUGAUCGUUUGCUUUCCUUCAUUGUGGCGGGGCUGCGUGGCGUGGGUCGUAUCGACGGUGAGCAGAGCUGGGAGAUGCUAGUAGAGAGACUGGAAUGGAAAAGAGAGCGACGUAAUAUUGGGAAUAGAAUCAAGAUCGAGUCGACUCCUUCACAUGUUAGAGUAAAUAAUCUCUGGAUUUCAUCUCAGUUUGAGUUCAUUUCCAGCAAACAUACAGCCGUCGAUGAUCGGUCGGAAGAUUCCAGUACUUACUUGAGGCACCCAAUCGUCUCUGAGGGUCUAUCGUUCGAACGUCUUGCUGCGACGCAAAGCUGCUAUGCUAGCAGGCUGCGCCCUAUGUGGUCUCGUGUGGUCUCGUGUGGUCUUGUUCGUAUUGAGGUUCGUAUCCUGGUCGGGUUGUCAAGGCCAGGCAAGGCCAGGCCCAUGCAUGCAUGCAUGCAUCAAGCUGCAAGGGCUGAGGCUGAGCCUUGGCCUUAA